AUGUACGAAGGAAUCAAUAAUUUGGUGAAAUCAUGGCAUGAUGAAUUAGAUAUUCAUCAUGCGGAAAAUGCCACUGUAAGUGGUGAUUGUUGUAGGUGGGAUGGUGUCAAGUGCAAUGAGGAGACCGGUCAUGUGAUUGGCCUCGACCUUAGUAGCAGUUGCCUUUACGGCACCUUCCCUUGUAACAGCACACUCUUUAGCCUUAAUCAUCUCCGUGAGCUUGAUCUUUCUAAAAAUAACUUUAAUUAUUCUAAAAUUCCCUCUGAUAUUGGUCGUCUUCCAAGCUCACAAAUCUCGACCUCUCCCUCUUCAUUUUUAAGUGGUCAAAUUCCAUCAGAAAUUUCAAAAUUGUCAAGCCUAUCAUUUCAUUAUCUUUCUAUUAAUGAAGAUCCUACAGGUGUUAAUGAGAAGUUAAAUUUGAAACUUAAUGAUUUGAGUCUAGAGAGGUUGGUUAAUAACUUAAGUCGUUUAACCCAUCUUUAUCUUGAUAUGGUUGAUAUAUCGUCUGAGGUACCCCUUAGCUUAAGCAACCGAACUUCCCUAAAAGCUAUCUCUCUUGGUUUUUGCGAUCUUUUGGGUGAAUUCCCAACAAGUCUUUUGCUACCAAAACUCAAAGAAAUAAGUUUGAUUUAUAAUCCCGAAUUAGGAGGAUAUCUUCAUGAAUUUCAUUCUAAUAGUCCUCUUUGUAUUUUAGAUCUAUGCGGAACAAAAUUUUGUGGAGAGUUGCCAUCCUCAAUUGGUAACUUAACUGACCUCAUUGUACUAGGCCUUGCUCACAAUUACUUUAGUGAACUCCCUCAAUCUAUCAUGAACCUAACACACCUUAAUCGUUUAUAUCUUUCAAACAUGGUGGAUGUUGGGAAUGCUGGAAUAUUGAAAUCUUGGUUGUCUAAGCUAAAUUUACUAACUGAUCUUAUGCUUUCUAAAAUGAAUUUAGGAAUUGAAAUCAUGCCUACUCUUUCUAACUUUACUAGACUCCAUUUUUUGAGUCUCCAAAACAACUUGUUAACAGAACCACUUCCAAGUUGGCUCAUGAAUCUAACCCAAUUAGGAGCCUUAGAUCUACUAGGUAAUCAAUUUCAAGGUCCAAUCCCACCCUGGAUUUCUUACCUUAUUAAUCUUCACACAUUGACUUUGUCUUUCAAUGGCACAGUUGACAAGUUUGAUCCUUUUUUCAUGCUCCCAAAGCUUCGUUAUUUAAAAUUGACUGGUGUUAGCCUCACAUUUCCUCAAAAUAUAUGCACCAAUUCAUCACUUUUGAAGUUGCACAUUUUGAGUCUUGAAUCAUGCAACUUGACUGAGUUUCCAAAAUUCUUACGUUGUCAAGAUGAGCUAAGAGAACUAUAUCUCCCUGGAACAUCAUUGGGAAUAUCCCACAAUGGUUUUUCCUUUGCUGGGAACUUGGCAUUAUGUGGAGCUCCAUUGUUUGAGAAGUGCAAGAAAGACAUCGUGCCACCAUCACCACCGCAACAAUUGACAAAUGAUGAGAUGACGGAAGAGGAUAUUGAGCUGAUUGACUGGAUCAUCAUAUCAUUGGGGUGUGUAAGUGGGUUUAUAAUCGGCUAUGUCCUUGGGAAGAUAUACGUGGCUGAUCGACACCAUGAUUGGUUUAUGGAGACUUUUGGAAGGAGAAGAAGGUCGGAGACAAGGAUGAGGAGAUCAACACAGAGGCAUAGGAGAAAUUAA